UCGUUUAAUGACAGCGAACGCAAAAUGUCGGAAAAACAUGCUGUCAAAAUCAAAUGCGAUGGCAAAGUGACGCUUUCGUUUUCGACUACUAAAUACUAAUAAAAACAUACAAAGGAUAUUGAUUCCAAAUCUAAUUAGUUUUAUACUUUACAGGUUGAAUUUUCCGUAUGGCCACACCGGGUUACAAACAGAACCCAUCAAUGUCUAUGCCAAGUCCGCAGAACAAUCCGCACUACAUGAUUGCGGGGCCCCCAAUGAGUUUCGGUAUGAUGAAAGGCGGUAUGAAUGCACCGCCACACCAUAACCAAUACCAGUACCACCCGCAAUACCAAGGUGGGCCAGUGUCCCACGGAGGCUUCGGAGCGUGGCCGCCUCCACAACAACCGCGUUUCGCUGCAGAGAAUGCGAGGAGAGCCACCUCGGGGGGAGGGGGCAUCACGACGCAGGCCUCAAAAGAUGAUAAAACUAGUCCGUUUAUAUCCACCGUGCAUUCACAUCCUGGAUUUCAGCCGCAAAAAAUUGGAAAAGGAUCUGGAUCGGGUUCUUCUUUACCAAAGCCACCGAAGGCUCCAGAGAAGCCACUGAUGCCAUACAUGCGUUACUCUCGUCGUGUCUGGGACAGUGUUAAAGCAGCUCACCCAGAUCUGAAGCUAUGGGAAAUCGGCAGAAUCAUCGGUGGUAUGUGGAGGGAUUUACCUGAAUCUGAAAAAGCUGGAUUUGUUGAUGAAUAUGAGGCUGAAAAGGCGCAGUAUACAGAAAUGAUGAAAGCAUACCAAAGUUCGCCCGCGUACAUACAGUGGUUGGCGCACAAAACACGAGCAGUAGGUAAUCUUGAAGAAGAGAGUUCAAGCAAGAAGGGAAGCUCACAGAAGGAACAGCAGCAGCAAGACAGAAGAAUUGAUAUACAACCAGCGGAAGAUGAAGAAGAUCAAGACGAGGGUCUAUCAGUGAAGCACGUGGCGUACGCGCGGUAUCUCCGCAACCAUAGACUUAUAAAUGAAAUAUUCUCAGACACGGUAGUCCCUGAUGUUAGAUCUGUGGUCACCACUGCUAGGAUGCAGAUUUUGAAGAAACAAGUCCAAUCGUUGACAAUGCAUCAGAAAAAAUUGGAAGACGAACUGCAACAAAUUGAGGAGAAGUUUGAAGCAAAGAAGAGAAAAUUCAUUGAAAGUAGUGAGACAUUCCAAGAGGAGUUAAAGAAGCACUGCAAGCCGGCAGUAGAUGAGGAGACGUUUGGACGUAUGGUGGAGCGCGCGGUGGAGCAGAUGAGGCGCGGCGGUAACCCGCAGCCUCUUGCGCCGCUGCCGUUGAACAACGCUGAGAGGAAAGACGAGCCAAUGGAACAAGACACAAAUCAGAUAAAACCCGAAGCAAAUGGACCCAAUCCUCCAACUCAAGUGGAUAAAGUAUCCACAACAGAGGUGAAGCCGGAUAGUAGCAGUACUACGGAACUGAAUAAGCCUGAAGCUGAAGCCCCUAAGGAACCUCCGCCGGCUGAAGCUAGUGCAUCUACACCUGAAGUUGAAAAUAAAGAAGAGAAGCCAGUGGAGCUGAAAGUAGAAGCCAAGGAGCCAGCAGCCACGCCCCCGGCCGCACCCGCACCGGCCCCGGCCCCCGGCCCGAGCCCCGGCCCCGGCCCCAGCCCUGGACCUAGCCCCGCCCCGCCCCAGCAGCACAUCACUUCGCCGCCCCAUCAUUGUAAACUUCUCACUUAA